CGUGUAGGCAAACCACAGUGUAGUACAGUUCUGUGACAGGCUAGCAUCAGAAAAUAUCUCCGGACAGACGCGUCUGCGCACUGAUAUCUGCUGCUAGCGACUGCAGGGCGACUCAGAAAGAUGGGGUCCCGAAUAAAGGAGAGCCCAGAGUCCACCUUUGAGGUGUAUCUAGAGGUAGCCCAUCCAGGCUCACACAGCUCAGGGCCAAAAGUGCGAAGGCAGUUCCCUGAGGUCUACACAGACCAGGAAACUCUUCAGACCUUGCCCAAGUUCUGCUUCCCCUUCAGCAUGGACAGCCCAACAGUCACCCAGGUUGGCCAGAACUUCACAUUUGUGUUGACUGACAUUGAGAGCAAACAGAGAUUUGGCUUCUGUCGACUGUCCUCAGGUGCACACACCUGCUACUGCAUUCUCAGCUACCUGCCCUGGUUUGAAGUGUUCUACAAACUACUGAAUAUCCUUGCAGAUUACACAAUCAAAGGCCAGGAAAGCCAAUGGCAAGAGCUCCUGGUAUCACUUCAUGUGCUACCCAUUCCUGAGCCAGGGGUCCCUGUUCAUCUCGGUGUGCAUUCCUUCUUUACUGUGCCUGACACGAGGGAACUCCCCAGCAUACCUGAGAAUAGAAACCUAACUGAGUACUUUGUAGCAGUAGAUGUCAAUAACAUGCUUCAUCUGUACGCUAGUAUGCUUUAUGAACGUCGAAUCCUCAUCUGCUGUAGCAAACUAAGCACUUUAACAGCUUGUGUCCAUGGGUCUGCAGCCAUGCUAUAUCCCAUGCACUGGCAACAUGUUUACAUUCCUGUCCUGCCUCAACAUCUCUUAGACUACUGCUGUGCCCCAAUGCCAUACCUCAUUGGAGUGCAUUCCAGCAUGAUGGAGAGAGUUCGAGGGUUGGCUCUGGAUGAUGUGGUGAUCCUAAAUGUAGACACAAACACAUUGGAAACUCCCUAUAAUGACCUGGAAAGCCUGCCCAAUGAUGUGGUUGUGUCUUUAAAAAGUCGUUUGAAGAAGGUUUCAACAACAACAGGGGAUGGAGUGGCUCUAGCCUUCCUCAAGAGUCAGGCAGCUCUGUUUGGCAGCUACAGAAACGCUCUGCACAUUGAGUUGGGAGAGCCAAUAACUUUCAAUGAAGAAACAUUUGUGAAUCAUCGUACCAGUGCCAUGAGACAGUUCCUUCAGAACGCUAUUCAGCUGCAGCUCUUCAAACAGUUCAUUGAUGGGCGUCUAGACUUGUUGAACUCAGGAGAGGGUUUCAGUGACAUCUUUGAGGAGGAGAUCAACUUGGGCGAAUAUGCAGGAAGUGACAAGACCUACCACCAGUGGCUGUUCACUGUAAAGAGAGGGGGUGGUGCUAUCUUCAAUACAGUGAAGACAAAGGCAAACCCAGCCAUGAGGACUGUUUACAAGUUUGCCAAAGACCAUGCAAAAAUGCGUAUUAAAGAAGUCAAGAGCCGGCUAAAGCAGAAAGAGCAGGCAGAAAAUGGGUUCUCUACAGGAGUGCCAUCAGUCAUCAAUGAUGAAAGCUCAACAAGCAUUGUCUCCUCCCCCAGUGGAGUCAGGACGGAGGGUGCACAGCGAACCUGGGAUGACCAGAGAGAAAUCACUGUGCACUUUGGACAGGCUCGACCACCUGUGUUGUUGAAAAGACCAAAAAGCAAUCUGAGUCUGGAAACCAGCCUUGAACACUCUAUCCGUCCUACUCGUCACUACACAGUGUUUCUCUCUGAAGAUUCAUCUGGAGAUGAGCUCCAGUACGACAAUGACUCCAUCUCUGGGUUUCCUGACAGCUUUCUCUUCUCUGUCCCUUUUGAGUGGUCACCUCUGCCACAGCCAUACCACUCCCUGAAGGACGUAGAGUUGAGAGAAGGUGGUGAUCCUAGUAUUGGGGCAGAGAGUCACACUGCUCCUCCCAGCCCAGUCAAUGAGAAGUUCUCCAAUGUCAACUUGCUUGGGGAUAUUUUCAGCUGCCAAGAUGAGCCUGACAUCCAACCAAUUACCUUGGCUAAAAGUCUUGAGGACCUGAGGACUCCCAAAGACCCUGGGGAGCUACAAGCUACAUUUACUUACCAGCGGAUGGACCUGUGUGUCGAUGAAAACUCUCAAACAUUUCCAGGCCUCAAGCUCUCUAAGCCUUAUAAUAAGCUAUGGAGUAUAGGGCCGUAUGAAUCGGCCUUGCCCAUUUGUGCACCUCCUACCUGUGAUGCAGGUGCAUUUAUACAACUUCCUGUGCAGACAGAAGCCCACUCCCCAAGCCAUGAAAGCUCUGCCCUGGGUUCUGACCCUUUCACGCCUUCCACCCCUGGCAACAUUACCAUCCCACGUCCCCAUGGAAGAAAGACACCGGAGCUUGGUACUGUCCUUGCACCCCCCAUGGCCCAGUCACGCUCUAAAGCAGCAGAAACUGGUGAAGGAAGGACUGCAUUUGGGGGGAAAGAGUUUAGGCAAGCUCUGAGCAUGACCACAGAUGGAGAACUGCUGAAAUCCACCAACAUAGCUGAGGGCAGUAUAGAUCUGAUAAGCCUGCUCGACCCCCUUAAUAGCUCAGCAAAUAUUGACUCCACUUCACUAAAUGAUGGGGGAUGCAUUGGCAUUUCGCCAUCUUCCUGCAAACCAACACUUCCACCAAGGUACACUUACCCACAGGGCUUACCUAUUUUCCCAAUGCAUCCUCACAUGUCACUUAACCCUUUUGUCCAGUCUCUGCAACCUACCUCCCCUCAAAUGCAUUAUUCACUGACUGCAAGAAGGAAUCCCUUCAGUACAGUGUGUGGGCCUCCAGUAGGCUCUUACUUACACUCUCCAACCCAGCCACAGUCCAUUUCCUCACUAUCAGGGCUUUACAGACAGCAUUCACCAGGCAGUUCAACUCUGCCACACAGCUAUGGACCGCUCCAGUCAACCUUCUCCUCCUCAGAAACCUCACUGCUUCACUCCUCUGCCAGCAAUCAUGCCCUUUCCAGCCUGGCAGACUCAAUGUCUGUCCCCAGUACAGCUAGGAACUUGGUGGUAAAGCCUCUUUCUGCAGAGGCAGACAGCCAGAAGACUCAGGAUCCUUUUGGAGACCUGAUGACUAUGGUCAAGCCAGCUACACCCCCAAAAAAGAAGGUGGAGGACCUUCGGAGGAGGUGGGAAACGUUUGACUAAUGUUUAAGGUGCCCUCUCUGUCACUACACAAACUUCCCUCACUAUUGGAUCCAGACCUUCUAUUGCAUUUACUGACACAUUAGCCAUAAUACACUCUGUUCUGCUUACGCAACUCACUAUCAUAGAAGAGUUAUAGCUUUACCUGGCAUGUAACACUUGCUGUGGAAUGCAACUUUAAAGUUCUGUAAGAAUUGUCCUAAUCCUCAAUUCUUAAAUGUUUGUUUUGUAUUCAAUGUGAACUCAUGCUGGGUAAAGAAAAAAAGAGUAGAUGACAUCAUAUGUGCGUUAUGCCAGUUUAACUUCAGGUUAAUUCACAAUUUAUGUACUUCAGCAAGUCAGAAAACAUUGUUUAUGAAUUGUAAAGUAGUGUCUACCAGAGAUGGUAAAUACAAUACUUAUAGGCAUCAAAAGCUAUAUGAAACUAGUCAGGAUUAAUUAAGGUAACUGUAACAUUGAAGGGAAAUUCAGGUAGUAAGUAGUUGCUGUUGCCAACUUUAUUAGACUGCUGUGGCAAGGGGAGACAGGGUGUAUAUGGCUCUUAUGAACAUGUAUGUUUUUUUUCCAGUGCAAUCUGAGUUGAUGGUGCCUGAACAUCUUUCUUCUGAUGCUGUCCAUUUGGCCAUGGCAACCAGAGAAGCAACACAGGAAAACUAUGUUAAUUUUAAUAUCUGAGUUACUGAAGAAGUGUAAAAAUUCUCAGGGUUCAUAAUGAAACUGUAGCGGGUCAAACACGGUCAAUACAUGGUCAUUCAAUGUCGUCCAAGACACGUUCACGUUGACACUGCUAAAGAAAUGUGGACACUUAUGUCCCAGUCCACCUCAAAAUGGUCUGAAUGAUAGGAUCUUGUUUCCGUUGUGUAUGUGAGCAUAUACUUGUCCUCAGUACAUCUUGGGUAUGUUUGCCUGUACUUAGAGCUCUCCAUUGUGAUCAGAUCACUCAGGACAGAUGUUAAUUCCAGGUCUAAAUGCGAUCUCUGUUUGCAGUCAGUCAGUAGAUGCUGUGUCAGAGCAACACCUUGGUGCAAUCCAUCUGAAGUAUAUCAGCAAUAUUUAAGCAACAGCCUUUGAAUUUGGAUUCUUUAAUUAUCUCUUAAUGUAGAAGUUUUACUUAUUAUUGGGAAGUCUGCCUUUACCUAUGUGAAAUUAAUAUUGUACCAACAAAAAAGGGAUUCAAGGGAAACUAUAGAUCCACUGGACAUGAUGCAAAUGACAACAGUUGCUCAUUAGUGCAGUUUUACCAUGUAAAAUGACUUUGUUAAAUGACUAAAUAUAGCAUACCAAAAUGAAAUGUCUUAGCACCGUCGUUGCAUAAUGUACAUUAAUUUGCCCCCAAUGAAUAAUAAAGGCAUAAUCUCAUACAGACCUCUUUGUCCUAUAUUAUGGUAAGUGGUCUGUAUUUAUUUAGUUCUUUUCUAGUUUUGCUGAACUCAAAGCAAUUUACAGUACAGUUUUCCCACCUUUUCACACACAAAUUUACACAAUGCAUCUAUGUGCAGCUCUCUUUAUCACCCAUCACUUGUACACUGCUGGCACAGCUGUCAGUGGCAUUUUGGGGUAGAAUAUUUUACCCAAGGACAUUUGGAAUGGGGGAGACAGGGAUCAAACUGCUGACCUUCUGGUUAGUGGAUAACUUGCUCUACCCCCUGAGCCACAGCUGCCCCCUGAUUAAUACGCCCCACUAUUAAAACAUCUUGCCAUUAAAUCAACCUUUACAUCUAGAAAAUUCACAGAAUCAGAUUCUUGACAAACUCUUCCAAAAUCUUAAAAUAGAUAAAAUCUUAGAUAAAACACAACACACACACACACACACACAGCUUUCCGCUCCACUAACAUUAACAGAAAAAAAAGAAAUGUGUGUCUGCUGAACACUGCUGAAUUUGGACAUUUUGUGUAGUUUCACUUUCCAGGCAUCCUACCAAGGAACUUGCACACAAAGAUAACCUUGCUUUAAGAUGUUCAGAUGCCAACACAAUUCAUUGCACAGCACCCUCCCAUGUCUUCUGUCUUUAAUGCAACCACUUUCGCAUAGUGCUUAAUAUAGUAUCAGUAUAGAUUUGUGAAUCAAAAUAGCACACAUUACCUACUGAGAUACACUCACAACAACAUUUGUCUUAUUGAUGUUGUACAAUUACCAUGUCUUAGUAAUCUGCUGUAGUCAUUUUACUUCUUAAUGGCAUUAGGAUACCGGUUCAAAAUGUGGUACAUCUCAUCUUAUGCAUUUAAUCACCUUUUGAUGUUUUGGUAAGUUUAUGCACAAUUCUGUUGUUUUUUGGCCUCCCUACAUUUUUACAAAGAAACAUUUUAAGAAGAUCUUCAAACCUACAAUUGACUGUAAUGUCUGCCAAAUUAUAAAAAAAAAAUAUUUACUUCUAAUUAAAUACAUGGGGACUUCAAAACACUUGUAUGUAUAUUGUGUUAUCUUUAAGGAUGCUUUCACCUAUGUUGCUGCUAAUAUAUGCACAUAUCUGCCUUAGUCAAUUCUUACUCUGUUUGCUGAUAAUGAUGGUUAAUGAGUUACAGACUUCUUACACAUUGUGAUGUCCAUUGUACAUAGAGUAGAAUUAGCGGUUCUCACAAUUUUGCCACCAGUUUCUAGUUCAGCUCAUUUUGACUUUAACAAGAGAAAUCAUGUAGCUGUCACACCUUGUCAACCUUUACUGGUUUCCAGAUGAUCUUGGGACGUCUAUGUGUGGUGAAUGCCAAAAAGUCUUAAUCACUUAUAAGGUUCUGUACAGGUAUACUUGCUGUUGUAUCAGUGUACAGAUGACAUCUAUUCUAAGACUGAUUAAAGAGUGAUGACUACUAUCCUAUUAGACCUAAGUUGCUUAAAAUAGAAAUCUUUAUCAUAAUAUAUCAGCUUAAAUUUUACAACCGACUUGACACAGUGCCUAUCAUUUCCCUGCUAUACUUAAUUCUUGUAAUGACAAUGCCCAUAAGUUUGAGUCCUGAGAUGGAAGUGCAUCCGGAAAGUUUUCAAACCCUUUACAAAUUUCCCCUCAUUUUGUUGUUCAGACUCGUCUUCAAAUGGAUUCACUUAAUUUUUUGUCUCAUCAAUCUACAACUGUGAUUCCACAAUGACAACGCAAAAACUGUUUUUUGGAGUGUUUUGUAAAUUUAUUAAAAAUAAAAGAGUGAAAUAUUCUAUUUA